CAAGCACCAGCGCCCCACAGAAGCUGUUCAGCCCCUCCCCACUCCCCCCCACCGCUGUCGCUGCCGGUUCGGCCCAACGGCGAAGAGUGAGACGAUGAUGCAACCAACCAAACAACGGGCGCCAGAAGAAACACGACCUGUUGCCAUGCUGCCGUGCCGUUCCUCGGCACCCCUUCUUGGCCAUUGCUCCGUUGACUUGAUUUUCUGUUCUUGUCCCGCAUCCUACGCUCACACUUUUAUUUACUGUUGUUAUUUUAGUUGUUAUUAUAUCUAAUCCAAGUAGGCUAUUUGGCCGUGGACACAAACAAGCCGGGACUUGCAGUUGGAGAAUCUGUCUGCCGAGACUCGGACGGCUUCAACACCACAACACACACCACCGAGUCUUGUCACACCACAACCACACACACACACACCAUGUCGAAGCUCUCCCCAGCCCUCAAGGAGCUGGUCAAUGCCCCCUUCUCCCGCCCAGGGCCCGCAAAGGCCCCGGUCGGCAUCGCCAAGAUCUACGAGCGCAUCGCCAGCGAGGCCCACUCCAAGAACCUGGGCCCACGGCCAUGGAUCGUCCUCUCCGCAGCAGCAACAUUCACCCUCAACUCCCCAGACUCCCUCGCAGCCCUGCAAGCAACCGCCUCGGACCCCUCCGCAAAGGCCUACAAGCCCCUGUCCCCAGUCCCAUCGGCCGAGCUGAUCCGCGAGGUCGGCCUCAAGUGCAUCUCCUUCAACGGCAUCCCCCGCUCCAUAAACAGCCUGGGCGCCUUCCGCGCCUCUCUGCCCAGGGGCGUCCAGACCAAGCUCGAGACCCGCGCCUCGAGGGCCAUCACGCCCGAGAACCUGGCGCUGCGCCACAGGACGGGCCUGGCGCUGUGGAAGAGCGUCUACGACCCGUUCGACGAGAAGCUGACGGCCCGCCUGGCCGACAGCCACCCGGACCUGCCCGUGCACAUCCACGGGAGCCACUACGGGCCCCUGCUGGCGGACCCGACCGCCGCCGACGGGACGCCCGAGGACCGCGGCGGGCUGGCGGGCGUGGGGCGGGUGCUGACCAGCCUCGUGGCCAUCGCGUGCCUGCGCGCGCAGACGGGCGUGGGCCCGCAGGUGCUGUCGCAUGUCUUUGGGCUGCGCAAGGCGGUGGACCAGGGGCUGCAUGUCGCCGAGGCCGAGGGCGAGGCGGAGCGGGAGGGCUUCGAGUGGCUUGCGGGCGACGAGGGCGGGGAGUGGGUGCUGCGGAGCGUGGAUGGGAUCGCCGAGGCGAUUGGGAGUAACUUUGCUGCUAAGCUGUAGGUGUUGGACUGGUCUGGGGGGGAGACUCGGACUGCUUGUACAUAGAUAGACAGACAGACAGACAGACAGGCAGACAGACAGAAUGUAUGCAUCUGUGGGUUGUCCGUAUAAA